AUGAUGGGGCUGUAUUCCAGCGGCGCGCUGGGCGGCGUGGAGGUGCUGGAGGGCGGGCUGGUGGGCGGCGAGCUGACGGCUCACGUGCUGAGCGCGCAGGCCGCCGCACACGCCGCGGCGACGGCCGCCCACGCGGCGCAUCAGCAGCAACAGAUAGCUAAACCUUUGCUUUCAAUUCACGGUUUGCCCACUGUCUCCCCAGAAACGUCGCCUUCGUCAGGGCGUUCCACGCCGGUCCCCGCGGGCGUCACCACGCAGCCCCCCGCCGGCUCCACAUCCCCCUCGCCCUCCAAGCUGUUCGUGGGGGGCCUCAGUUGGCAGACCAGCUCGGAGAAGCUGAGGGAGUACUUCGCAAUGUUUGGCCCCGUGACCGAUGUACUGAUCAUGAAAGAUCCGGUGACACAGCGUUCGCGCGGCUUCGGCUUCAUCACUUUCCAGGAGGCGUCGGCGGUCGACAAAGUACUCGCGGUCCCGGUACACACCCUGGACGGUAAACGCAUCGAUCCAAAGCACGCAACGCCAAAGUCCGCCCCUCGUCCCGCCAAAACUAAGAAGAUAUUCGUCGGCGGCGUCGGACAGGACACUUCGGCCGACGAGGUCCGCGCCUACUUUUCCCAAUUCGGACUCGUGGAGGACGCUGUCAUGCUGAUGGAUCAGCAAACGAAACGCCAUCGCGGUUUCGGAUUCGUGACUUUCCAUUCGGAGGAAGCCGUCGAGCGCGUGUGCGAUAUACACUUUCACACGAUCAAGAAUAAGAAGGUGGAAUGCAAGCGUGCUCAGCCUAAAGAAGCGGUCGCAGCGGCGCCUCUGGCUUUAGGGAAAAGGCUCGUUUUGCGACCGGCUCGAGGCCUAGUUUACGGAGGAGUGGGGGGCGUUGGAGGGGUGGGGGGAGUGGGCGGAGUGAGUGCGUACAGAUACGCGCCUUACGCGCUGCCCGCCGCCGCGGCCGCACCUUUAGUUCCUCCCGCUCCGCAGCCGGCGCCGCAGUUGCCGCAGUUCGGUGCGGCCUACUCCCUAGCAGGCGUCGACAUGUCCUCCUUCCAGGGCGUCGACUGGAGUGCCAUGUACGGCCUGCCGAUGUACAUCUAA